AUGGAGCAAUUUCCUGUCGUAGCUGUAAUGCUUUUUUUCGUCAAUUUCCUCUGCCGAAAAGGAGGCAAUUGUGAUGUGGAUGUAAGUGUUCGUUGUGCUUGUCGAGCUUGUCGUUUAACGAGAUGCAAAGCUGCUGGGAUGCGCGAAUCGGAUGUUCAACCAAAAAGAGACCCUACAGGAAGUCAAAAGAAUCGCCGCGCACCUCAAAGACGUCGGGGAUCAGCUGCUGCCUCACUCCUACUUGUUCCAAAACGAGAGACUCUUCCAAUUUUUGAUAAUAAUAAUACAGACGGGGGAUCUCCAAAUACUCCUUUACCUUCUCUAUCAUGUUUUGAGAAAAUAUUAACUAAUGGAACUUUGUAUCAUCCAAUUUCUACAAUUUGUCCUUCUAAUGGAACUGAAGAAAAUGGUUAUCAAACAAUUAAUUCUCCAUCUACCUCAUCAUUCCCUCCAUCUGCUGAAUCUGGAAUUUUUGAUGAAAACGGUGCUGCUGUCCAAUUUGUGAAAAGUAUUAAAAAAGAAGUAGUUGAGGAAGAUGAUGAAUCUGAUGAUGAAGAGGAAGAUAGAGAAGAGGAGGAAGAAGAGGAAGAUUGGGAAGGGGGAGGGAAUGGAAAAAUGACAAAUACAAGACGAACAAGUGAUCUCAGUGCAAGUACAACAAGUAAUAGUAUUUUAAAUAGAAGUGAUGAUGAAAUUAGACAAAGAAGAAGAAAAAGAACAACAAAAACAACAACAAAUAAUAAUUAUCAACAAUUAAAUAUUCAACAAAAUUUAAAUCAAAAUUUAAUUUUAUUAAAACCAUCAAUUUCCACAUUUGGAAUUAAUGAGAAAGAAUUGGAAAUACGCGAACAACAAACAGAAUUUGAACGUUUAGUUAAUGAUUAUUCUGAACAUUUGCGUUGUAUGAAUCGUUUAUUGACGCCUAUAGAACAUUUUUUAACUGAACAAAAUUCUUCUUGGAGAACAAUUGAACCAACAGAUGUUGAACAAUUAAGUAAAGUUGAAUUAGGUGGACUUAUGUAUUGGAUUGAGAAAUUAACACCUUUUAGACAACUUGACAUUAAAGAUAGAGAAAUACUUUUUAAGCGUUAUUCUGUUCGAAAACUUUCACUAGACCAUUUCUAUACAGCAUCAAAAUAUCCAGAAUUAAUUGAAAAAGGGUAUUUUGCAAUGAUUAAUAAUACUUAUGUUCCUCCUGACAAAACUGGUUUUGAAACAUUAACAGACGAUAAAAGAACUAGAGAGGCUAAAUUUGAUAUUUUACGUCCAACAAUUGAUCGUUUAUGGCAUACUUUAGUCCUUCCAUUUUCAAAUCUUCGAAUUAAUGAUGCAGAAAUUGUUGCACUCCAUUUACUUUUAAUGUGGAGUCCAAGCAGUUUUGUCUUUUUUUUUAAUUUAAAUAAGUCUCUCCCUCUCCCUCACUCUCAUUUAGACAAUAGACAUAUAACUUCAAAAACUCGUCAAUUAAUGUCUUCACGUAGAGACUGGGCAAUUCAACGUCUUUUUAAUUAUUAUCAAAAUAUUGGUAUUGAGGAACCAGAAGUUCGUUUGGGUGAAAUAUUAUUGUUAUUACCUGAAUUGGAGGUAAUUUGUGACAAGCAUUGCAAAGAUUUUCAAGUUGCACAAUUUUUUGAAUUUUGCAAUAUGUCUGAAUAUUGGUAUGAAAAUUAUUGUUAUACAACUUUAAAUAUUGCUGCAGCAAUUUAG